AGGUAUCAAUAGUUGGUAUUGAGUGAAUAUGGACCAACCCAUGGCAAAUCGAACGUCAUAUAUCCCGACAAAACCAAAUUCUUCUCGCAGAAACCUUUAAUCCGGUAUAUGUUCUAUGUACGUGUGCCUGAUUCCACUACAAUCGUCUAACACGUGUUCCAGUACAUCUCUUGAAGUACUUCUUAACAUGUGAUGUUACCAGGUUGAACUGUUGUGACUGAGACCAACAUCUUAUACAACCGGGAACAACUCAAAAACAGCUUUGACAUCUCAACGGAAACGUAUCCCCAGUGAUCCAGAGCCAGUGUGCAUCAUACAUGUACCUGGCUUGAAGUAUGGCCCACUAUAACGUCUGAGCAAAGCCAAAGAUCCAGAUGAGAAGAUCGAAAAGCUGAAGGAGAGAUCAAACGUAGAAGGAUGGCAGAACCUCCAGAAACGCCAAAUCAAAUGGAAGUGUCAUGUACAAGCCUGCCGGCAGUUCUGGAAGAAACCCAUGGCUAUCACAGAGAAUAUUAUCAGCGUUUUACAAUGAACCUUGACCGUUUGAAACAACCUGAAAUUGAAUCUUUGGAACUAGCUGGCCGCCCAAUUCGGCGUCCAUCCUAUGAGCCCAUCAUCUUCCAACCUGAGUGCAUCUUUUGUACUUCAUAUUCAUGAAAGAAAUUCAAGUUAAAAGGAAGCUGGACAACAGAAGGCCUCACAAACUUCAGUCGGGAUGGAUGGCAGCAUGUCAUCGAAGUAGCUCAACGUCAAAAGAUGAGAGUGGGAGACAUGAGGUGCAGGUGGAACUCUGUCACGGUGAGCUGUGGCGUGCCUUCCACCGCCUGGGCACAGAGAUGAUCAUCACAAAGUCUGGCAGGAGAAUGUUUCCUGCGGUGAGGGUGCGGAUCCUUGGAGUGAGGGAAGAUAUGGCGUACCGCGUGUCUCUGGACUUCCAAGCACUGGAUAAUCACAAGUACCGAUAUGUCUACCACAGUUCUAAAUGGAUGGUGGCAGGCACGGGGGACCCGCCGCCAGCUGACCAACGCUACAGCCACCCGGACUGCCCACUAGGUGGCCGCCACUUGAUCAAUCAGGUCAUCUCGUUUGAAAAGCUGAAACUGACCAACAGAGAUGAUCCCCAAGAGGGACAGAUCUCACUGGUGUCCAUGCAGAAGUACACCCCCCGCAUCCACGUGUACCUUCUUAACCCUCACCUGGAAGUACAAGCUCACUUUGUGACAUCCUUUCCACAGACGGCCUUCAUGGCAGUAACAGCUUAUCAGAAUCAAGAGAUAACCAGGCUUAAGAUCGCAAGAAACCCUUUUGCCAAGGGGUUCCGAGAAUCCGACAAGAGCAGGACGUCCCUUGAGGCCGUCAUGUCAUCUCUAUGUAGUUACAUGAUUCUCAGAAAAAACGACACUUCUUCCAGGAAACGAUGUCUACCUAAAGAAGCAUCAGAUCUGCCAAAGAAAAUCUUCAAACCAAUGCCGACUCGUGUAGUUCACACGACCACAACAGACCAUUCGUUGCAUGCACAACCAUCAACCAAUCACUUCCAUGUACAGUGUGUCCCAGUCUCGAUCUACGGAGUAUCGGCUUGCUGCUAUAGCUUGUCACGUGAUGACGAGAUGAAGGAGCCAGCAAAAUCUGUGUGUGAUGUUUGCUCUUCCUUCCCCUACUGGAAGCACCCCACCCUUCAGUACCCUGGAGUGUAUGAACCAUACUCAUACCAACAAACAUUCCCAGACUACCAGGCCGACAUAAAACCAGACUCUAAGGCUGACAUUAAACAUGUGUUGAAAAUUGACACUUAGCACAGGUGCUCGACCGGGAACUGAGGACUUACGUGGAGAGAUCUGUAAAUUUUGGUCCAUUGGAUAUGUAUAGUUCAAGAAGUAAAGAAGGCUUUUACACAUUAUUUCGAGAUUUAUCAGAUGUGUUCAUAUGCAUAAGAUGUGAUUUAUAACGAUGUUAGGGGGCAUGGGUGGCCCAGUCGUCUGAGGCGCCGCGAUUCGCUGUGCAGAGUUGCGUCCCUUGGGCACGCCAGAAACCUAUGAUUGUGGGUUCGAAUCCCGGUUCGCCCCAGUUAUGU